AGAACAUUCUGGUCACGUUUCUCUUUCCGGGUGAAACUUUAUUUGUAUCUAUAAUUCCCGCCCAUAUUCGGACAACAUAUUUUCCCCGGAUUCCCGGGAUGCUAGAUUCAAUAAGGCGUAAACCUCGGUGGUCCUUACUAACCCCAACACCAACAGCGGGGACUUCAGUCUGUCCAAACUUCAUCACGCUGUAAACUCUGCUUAUCCUUAAGAGAAACACCUCCAUAACGCUGUAAUCUCCACUUAUCUUGAAGAGGAAUACACCAUCACUAAGUAUUUUUUAUUAAGAUGGUCAGGUUCAAGAAGAGGUAUUUCAUUGUGGAGGUGAUACCAAAAAGUCAAGCUCACAUUCAACGCGAAGAGCUUCAGAGGGCAAUAGUUGAAGCAGUAAAGAGACUUCAUGGAGAUUUUGGUGUUGCUGCAACUACUCCAGGUUUUCAUGUAAAGUACUGCAACAUCAAGACACGUAUAGCAUUUAUUAGUGUAGGUCGUGGUCCACAUCAGCUAGUGGCCUCAGCUCUGCCCCUCAUCACCAAGAUAGGAGGGCAAGCAGCUACAGUUUGCACCAUACACCUGGCAGCUUCAAUGAGGCAUGCCUUUUUGUUUGUGAAGAGAUACCAUGAAGAAAAAAUAAAGAAACUAGAAGAAAGCCUGACUUCUGCUGAGAUGAACCACUGGAAGCAAGAAAAGGAUCGAAUACUAAGUCGCAGAUGAUAUAUAUAUAUAUAUACUACAGUAUUUUCCUCUGAAAAUUUGCUGUCAUCUUUCAAAGCAAUUAAUGUGAAAUAAUGAAAAUGAAGAGAAGUAAUGAUGGCUAACUUCAGUGUUGCACUAGUCAGUAACACUUCCUUUUAAAUUCAUCAGAAGUAAUGAGAGUUACUGCAGUAUAAGUAAAUGGCUUAAAUAUUUAACUGUUUGCAGUUAAAGCUGUAAAGUUAUUAGAUAAUUAGCUUAUGACAGUUUUUUCCAUUUGUUACAUUGCCUUUGGAGAUUCAGUAAAGUUUUUGAUGUACACUCUUAAUGUUGUGCACACCUUAAAUAGAACCGUGUUAAAGAUAUCCUAAAUAGUUUUUGUAAUAUAGUUUAAUUUUUUUUUAACAUGUCGUCCAUUUCCCACUGAGGCAGGGUGACCCAAAAAGAAAGAAAAAAAACAAAAA